CAUGUGGCCUAGAAGGCGCCUGUCGCGUGCUAGCAACCGCUGUUUAAUGUGGGGCAGUUUGACCAGCCAAUAGACCUCAUUAAAUUAAAUAUUCCGCUGCAGUUCCUGAGCCAGCAUGCCGCCGAAGAAACCUCCUCCUGCCACGGGAAAUAAAAAAACUCAAGAGAAGAAAAAGGAAAAGAUUAUUGAGGACAAAACUUUUGGUUUGAAGAACAAAAAAGGGGCCAAGCAGCAGAAGUUCAUCAAGAACGUCACUCAACAAGUCAAGUAUGGACAACAAAACGCCCGACAGAUUGCCCAGGCUGAGGCAGACAAAGGCAAUAAAAAGUCUGAUAAGAAGAAAGAGCUGGACGAACUCAACGAGCUGUUCAAGCCUGUAGUCGCUGCGCAGAAAGUCAGCAAAGGGGUUGAUCCAAAGUCGGUGCUGUGUGCGUUCUUCAAGCAGGGCCAGUGUACCAAGGGUGACAAGUGUAAGUUCAGCCACGACCUGUCGAUGGAGAGAAAAUGUGAGAAGAAGAGCGUCUACGUGGACGAGAGAGACGAAGACCUGGAGAAAGAUACUAUGGAGAACUGGGACGAAAAGAAACUGGAGGAAGUAAUCAACAAGAAACACGGAGAGGCAGAGAAGAAGAAGGCUAAAACUCAAAUUGUGUGUAAGUACUUCUUGGACGCCAUAGAAAACAACAAAUACGGCUGGUUCUGGGUGUGUCCAGCGGGGGGGGACAACUGUAUGUACCGACACGCCCUGCCGCCUGGAUUUGUGCUGAAGAAAGACAAAAAGAAGGAGGAGAGAGAGGACGACAUCUCACUGGAGGAGCUAAUAGAGCGCGAGCGUGCAGCUCUGGGUCCAAACGUAACUCGGAUCACCCUGGAGACUUUCCUGGCCUGGAAGAAGAGGAAAAGGCAGGAGAAGGUGGACAAAGCCCGGGAGGAGAUGGAGAAAAAGAAAGCAGACUUUAAGGCCGGGAAGUCUCUCGUGGUGAGCGGCCGUGAGGUGUUCGAGUUCCGCCCCGAGCUGGUUGACGAUGACGACGAUGAAGCUGAUGAUACUCGUUACGCUAACGAAGACUCAGCGGAGGAGGACGAACAG